CAGCCAAUAUGUCACCCGGCCCACAAGCCCUCAGUGUCACAUUGCGGGAAGCAUCAUCAUGCCAAAGUCUAUUGCAGAUCCCGGUGCGUGCGACUUGGCUGGCACCAGCCUGCCAAACGAACGCCCCAAAGCCUCGUUGGCCGGUCCGAUCGAGGAUCCCCGAACUGCUGUUCAAGCUCAAAGCUCCAUGCAAUGCUGUGUUGCCACUCCGGCAGCACUAUGGACUUCCACAUGCGUAGCGAAGAGCCAUAGCGCAGCAUAUAUGCCUCCGGUUCCUGAGGCCUUUCAUCAACCAGCACUCAACUCACCAUGAACUACGCACACGUGACCACUCUCCCCUUUCUGCUCGACUCCUCCCACCUCACCCCUGAGGAGCUGGCCGAGCGAAACUCGAAUCCGGCCCUCUUCGCAGCAAGACGAUAUGGUCAGCCAGAGCACAUUUUCCGCGAGGCCGCUGAGCGGCAUGAGAAUGGAUCGCUGCAGGGUGGGAGUCUUCGGGGACCUCUCAGAGACAGCAGCCUGCGCAGAUGCUCGCCACGCGGACACGCCCCUCCAGCACGUCGCCCCCCUCUCACCACUCAAGUCCUGGUUCUGCAACUACAGCGACCUACUUCUCGACCGUCCUCUCGCAGCCCAGUCCUGCCAGUCCAACGCCGGGAGAUCUACGGGCCAGCCGACCGGAUGCCACGCGUCCAGAACAAGGCGACCAGAGGACGUAGCGCUGUUGAUGUGAUGAAAGUUGCGAAAAUUCAAUCGGGCGAUAUUAAUCUUGGAGUUCUGGUCAUGUCUGGAGGAGACCAUGUGUCCCAGUUGACAUAUUUCAUGUAGUAAACUUGGAAAAUCUAUAUCAACAUCUCUGCAUAUUGGACUUGCGAUUGUGUUCGACGUGCUCCAUGUUGCUGCGCCCGCUUGACCAGCCGCAUGCUUAGCUGCUGUAUACGGGACAGUCUGUUCGCCAUGACCGCAAUUUCCAGUUCCAGGUAUUCGAAAAGGGUGCUUCUGUGUUGGGAGAGAGUUCA